UCAAAAGCCACAAGCAUCUCCCUCAUAUCAUAGCAGCUGCCCCUCCGUCCCUUCUGCCUCCACGCCAAUCGAUGUCCCAUCCCCAAGAUGCAGCGUGACCCGAGGGCAUCGCAGGCGUCGACUGUGGCCGCUGAGGAGGAUGAGCACGAGGACGUCGACGACAAGAUAGAGAAGAGCGGCUGCGGCAAGGAAUACGAAAAGCUCGACGACUGCAUGGUCGACAACGACCGGUAGGUGGGACACACACCGCAUGACAUGGCAAAUGGAUAGAUAGAUCUGACACAUAUGGAUGUGUGGAUGCGUGUGUGUGUGGUUUCAUUCAGUGACUGGCGUAAGUGUCAGCGUGAGCUGGCUGUGUUCAAGCAGUGCUUCGACAAGAAACAGUUGGAGAAAGAGAAGACACAGCAGCCCCAACAACAGCAACAGCAACAGCAGCAACAGCAACAGCAACAGCAGCAGCAAGCGGCACACAAGUGA